AUGUCGAAUAACCCUGCUGAUGUGGCUACAUCAGAGAACGGAUCAAAGAGGAAAAGAAAGAGAAAGAGAAAUAAUAAUAAUAAUAAUAACAACAACAAUAAUACUAAUACCGUUAAGGAUGAUAAACCUGAAUCAAAGCCAGACGUGAAUGGGGUUAAAGAUAAUGAAUUUCAUAUACAUAGAAGUAAUAAGAAGAUAAAGUUUGAUGAGGAAGAAGUUGAAGAAGUACCUAAUGGAAAGGUGAAUGAUAUAGAAGAAUUAGGAGAAGAAGUCAUAGAAGAUCAAGAUCCUGAUCAUUCAGAAGGGUACUCAUCUGAUAUUGAAAAAUCUCCAUCAGUUGAAAUAGAGACUAAACUAUCUGCCAAAAUUGAUAAACCUAAACAAAAUAUCGCAAAUAAUGAUAAGAAGAUCAAGAAGAAGGCUAAAACAGUGGCGUACAAGUCAAGUAAAGACAGUGAAGAUGAAGAGGAUGAAGAUGACUAUACUAAUCGAUUCACUCAUUCAUCUUUAACCAAAGCCCAAUUAAAAAUUUAUCAACAUAAAGAUGAUAUAAUAGAAUAUAUUAAAGUCAAUCAAAUCACCAUUGUCAUUGGGGAAACUGGUUCUGGUAAAUCUACUCAAAUUCCACAAUUUUUAUUACCUAUAAAUAAGCAACAAAUAGCAGUUACACAACCUCGUAGAGUUGCAGCUGCUUCUUUGGCUCAGAGAGUGAGUGAAGAAUAUGGAUGUCAAUUAGGCGAAGAAGUUGGUUAUCAAGUAAGAUUCUCCAAUAUCACUUCUCAAAAGACAAAAUUAAAAUAUUUGACUGAUGGUAUGCUUUUAAGAGAAAUUAUGUUAGAUGGGAAGUUAUCCAAAUAUUCCACUAUCAUUCUAGAUGAAGCCCAUGAAAGAACGAUCUUGACUGAUUUAAUAAUGGGUUUCUUAAAACAAUUAAUUGUUAACCAAGUAAGACCAGAUUUAAAGGUGAUUAUUAUGUCGGCUACAUUGAAUGCUGAAUUAUUUAGUAAUUUCUUCGGUCAUGCUCCAAUUUUAUUCAUUGAGGGUAAAAUGUAUCCAGUCACUCCAUAUUAUUUACUCGACAGUUCAGAAGAUAUCGUUGAUAGUAUGAUUAGAACUGUUAUUCAAGUUAAUAUGUCAGAACAAGAAGGUGAUGUGUUAUGUUUCUUACCUGGUCAAGAAGAAAUUGAUAAUUGUGUUGCUGCCUUAAAUCAAAUUGCUCCACAAUUACCUAAAACCGCUCCAAUAAUUGUACCAUUGCCAUUAUAUGCAGCAUUAUCUCCAUCUCAACAAGCAAAUAUAUUUAAUAAGCUACCAGCCAGAAGAAGAAAAGUCAUUUUGGCGACUAAUAUUGCCGAAACUUCUAUUACCGUUAGUGGUGUCAAAUAUGUUAUAGAUUCUGGAUUAAGAAAAGUUAAAGUUUGGAAACAUCAAUUAGGAUUAUCUACCUUAUUAACAGCCCCAAUAUCUCAAGCAUCAGCCAAACAAAGAGCUGGUAGAGCUGGUAGAGAAUCUGAAGGUAAAGUUUUCAGACUUUAUCUGGAAAAGGUGUUUCAAACUAAAUUACCCUCACAGCAAGAAUCUGAAAUAAUGAGAAAUGAUAUUAUAUUACCAGUAUUAACGUUAAAGAAAUUAAACGUUGAUGACUUGUUGAAUUGGUCAUGGUUAGAACAUCCUGGUAAAGACGCUAUUUUAAGUGCCUUAAAUACAUUAUACGCUCUUGGCGCCUUGGAUAAUAAUGGGAAGAUUACUUCUUUGGGUUUUAAGAUGUCUGUAUUACCUUUGCCACCACAGUUAUCUGUCGCAUUAAUCACUGCAUUUGAAAAGGGAGUUUUAGGCCCUGUAAUAGAUAUUGUAUCUUGUUUAUCAGUAGAUAAUUUAAUAUUGAAUAUUGGUGGAAAUGGAGAAUUAAGGGAUGAUAUAAAUUUCAAAAGAAGAGAAUUUUGCCCAUUGGGUACUAAAUAUGGUGAUUUGAUUGCAUUUAAAGAAUAUUUCAAUUAUUAUCAAGAAUUAUCAACUUCUGGUCAUAAUCAAGAAGUUAAAGACUGGUGUAAAGAUUUACAUCUUAGUUUCAAAGGAUUCAAGAAUGUGUUGAAAGUAAGGAACCAAUUAAAGGAAUAUAUGUUUGCUACAAUUAAACAAGAUGGCAAUAUCACUCAACUGGAAAAGGAUAAACAAUUAAGAAUCUUAAAAGCUCAAUUUGACGAGUCGAGCUCUCUCGAUAGUGACAAUGAAGAUGAGGGGGUUAAGUCUUCAUUGGAUAUUCCAACUAUUUUAAAAGCUUUUUUAAAAGGAUAUAUUACAAACACGGCAAUUGGAAUGCCAGAUAGAUCAUAUAGAACAUUUACUUCGGGUCAAUUAAUUAGUGUCCAUCCUUCAUCAAAUCUUUUUGGAAAGUCAAAUCUUGAUGCUAUUACUUAUAUUGAGUAUGUAUAUACUUCUAAAGGAUAUGGUAGAACUUGUUCAGCUAUUGAGUUAAGCUGGCUUCAAGAAGUGGCACCUCAUAUGUUAGGAGCUGCCAAAAUCAAUAUUAAAGAUUGA